CGAGGCAAAGAAAGAGGAAGAGGAGGCGGAGGGAUCGAGUGAGAGGCAGGAGACGUGCUGUAUGCUGCAGCGAACGCGUGAGGACACGGACACACUCGUGCGUGAGGCAGUCUUCAUCGUGAGUACAUGGAGGACGGCUUGCUGUCAAUCACUAUAGCGGAUCACAACAAACCGGAUCCUCCACGGUAGCGAUAGAACAGCGUGGAUCUAACAGGACGAGGUAGUGGAGAAGGCAGCAUCGGCGAAACAGCUAGCGGAGGAAGUAGCAGCUAGGCGUAGGAGAAGAUAAGCCAGCGGUGGAACCAGCAAUGCCGAGAUGACCAGCUAGCAGAGGAGGCAACAGUAGCGCUAGCCGCAAGCAACAUAACCGAAAUCACUGCGACACGAGAGGUACGCACGUGCUCACCCAGUCUAGCUAAUACAUUGACAUCGAGCCUAGCUGGUGGAGCGAUAGUAACAGGUGACGGGAGCGUCUCCACCCGAUAUCCUCAACAGUAUCAGGAGAACGACAGAGGAGACGGCUAGAGAAGAAAUCAGCAGUAGAAGCUGACUAUAAAGACACCGCACAUACGGUCGCUGACUACAGCAGCGUGAGAGGGUGCAUGGUGGAAGGCAGCGGUGGCUGCGGAGCCUCCAUCUCACAGUCACACCAUGGCUGUGGCUUCGACAAGGACCUAUAGCGAUGUACGACGGAGAUAAACCGAGACAGGAAUCUAAACGCGUCAGCCACGUAUACGGCCGUCACCUGAGGCGGGCUGUGUAAAACAAAGACAGCAGAAGAAGCACACAAAGGAUGACGUCUCACAGGCGGUGACGUACUAAUUGCGCAGCAGCGGCAUUGCCAGAGAAACAACGACCGAGCAACUCACCGAAACAACAUGGCCGCCCUGAUGGCGAGCGUACGCGACAACUUCAUCGGGUACUUCCGAACAGGUGAGGACACGCGGAUUAGGUUCAGCGUGGAGCCGACAGCAGGAGAGGAAGGGUUCCAGCAGUGGAAGCACGCGCUCAAGGCCGUGGCUAGACUGCCGAUGGGCAUCCCACACGAGUUCCGCAGGAAGAUAUGGCUGCGCCUGGCUGAGGACCACAUACGCGAAUCAAAGCUCGACUGGGAGAAGACGAAGCGUGUGUGCUUCAACGAGCGCAGCAACCCAGACGACAACAAGCUGGGAAGACAAAUCGUCAAGGACCUGCACCGGACAGGUUGGAACGGUUUCUCGGGCCAGGAGGCCGAGGACGACCGGGCAACGCUCAAGCGUGUGCUGCUCGCGUACGCGCGCUUCAACAAGGCCGUCGGCUACUGCCAGGGCUUCAACGUGCUCGCGGGACUCAUCCUGGACGUCGUCGAAAGGAAGGAAGACGAUGCGCUCAAGAUCAUGAUCUUCGUCAUCGGCCACGUGCUGCCCCAGAGCUACUUCUCCAACAACCUAAGAGCGCUGUCCGUAGACAUGGCUGUGUUUAGGGACCUGCUGCGGUUGAAGCUGCCCCAGCUGGCCAGACACCUCGACCAUCUACAGGAUGCGGCCAAGGAUUCGAAUGGUUCGCACUACGAACCGCCGCUCACGAACGUGUUCACCAUGCAGUGGUUCCUCACGUUGUUCGCGACCUGCCUGCAGAAGUCGACCGUGCUGCGCGUGUGGGACUCGAUCCUGCUCGAGGGGUCAGAGGUCAUCCUACGCACGGCUCUCGCCAUAUGGGGGAAGUUGUCGCCGAGGAUCCAGGGCGUGGACAGUGCUGACCAGUUCUACGGCACGAUGGGCUUGCUCAUGCAGGAGAUGCUGGAGCUCAACAUGAUCGACUGCAAGGACCUGCUCGCCGAGAUAUACUCGAUGGCGCCGUUCCCCUUCCCCGAGGUGACGGAGCUCAGGGAGAAGUACACGUACAACAUCACGCCACUGCACUCGACCGCCAAGCGUGUCAACAUCUUCAGCGACGACGAGACGGAGAUGACGGAAGACGACAUGGCGGCGACGAUCGGCUGUUUCACGGGAAUGAUCCCGCCGACGCAGACGCCGUUGCCGCGGCCGCGAGGUACAGCGCGCGAGCCCGACGAUGGGCACAUUCUCGACAUACAGUCAGUGACACCGGGAGCUCUCUCGCCGCAGCCAGACAUGGGUAGCCCCUGGCAGCAGUCGACCCUGGAGCGGACGACGAUGGACAUCACGACACUGCGGAAGCAGUACGGCAAGCUGAGGGAGCGCCAGGCACAGGCACAGAUCAUACUGGCAGGCGCCCACGCGCAGCGAAAGCCAGCGCGCGAGCGUCACCAGCACCAGCGCGCGCCGCCGACCGGCACCUUCCCGCCAAUGACAGGCGCUCCAAUCAUCAUUAAUCACCUCUACCUGAGCAACAGCAGCGGUGGCCGUGGGAGGGGAGUGAGGAGUGGCCGGGGAGGUGUGGCAAACCCGUGCCACGGUGUCAGGACAAUGCAGCCGUCGCAGCGGGACCGACACGGACUGGUGGAGGCGCGCAAUGGCACGCAGGCCGACGUCAGUACUCCUGCUCACGCCAGCGCUGACGUCCCCUCACAGGGGGACCGACAUGGACUGGUGGAGGCGCGCAACGGCACGCAAGCCGACGUCGGUGCUCCCGCGUACGCCACCGCUGACUUCCCCUCGCAGGAUGGGGAAACGGAGGACUCCGUCGAAGAGGGAGAGAACAGUCGUCGCGGCGACGAUGACGACGACAACGUGCAACGAACGCGCUCGGCUACGUGUCCCGCAGCCGCCGAGCCGCCCAGCGACGACGGAGAAGCCACUGCUGCAAGCGAGGGGGGAGGAGGAUGGGGAGGAGGUGCCGCCGCAGGACUUGCCAACGUGAAGCCACGGCGCACGACGAGCGUGUCCAUCUGCGAACCGUUGUCGUCGCAGCGACCGACGACGAAGUCGACGCACUACCCCUUCCCGAGGCGACACAGCCUGCAGCGCAGCAACGUGUGCAUGCAGCUUGGCAUGUACGGCCACCGUGCGGGCGUGGUCGGAGCGGGCGUGGCGUGCGGGGGCGAUCCUAGCAGUCGGCACGUCGGGGACGCCGCGGAGCCGGGAGUUACAGAGAUCAAGGCGUCGCACAUCAACCAGUGCCUGCACAGACAGUACAUGGCUCAGAUCAAGGUGGAGCGGAACUAACGAGAGUAGAGAGCAGUGUGGUACUACAACGAAAGCUUGAGUGCGAGAUGGGACAUGGCUCAGAUCUCAGGGUGGAACUGAACAAGAAAGAGAGCGAGAGAGAGAAAGAGAGAGGGAGGGGAGGAGAGAUAUGCUGUACUAAAACGAAAGCUUCGUGUGAUAUGGUACAUGGCUCAGAUUAAGGGUGGAACAGAAUAAGAAAGAGAGCGAGAACGAGAGCGCGCGAGAGAGAGCAAGAAAGGGGGGGGGGAAGAUAUGCUGUACUAAAACGAAAGCUUCGUGUGAUAUCGUACAUGGUUGAGAUCAAGCUCAGACUGAACUAGAGAAAGAAAAUCUGUACAACGAAAGCUGCACUGUGAGACGUUAUGUGACACAACGACCUGACAACACUUCACUGAAGUUAUGCACUAAUGGUGAAUUGCCAUGGUUACAGUAAUAUUACACUCACUUCCUUACACUCACUUCCAUGCUUGAUCCAUUGAGCAGAAUUUGGAGAUUUGCCAAAUAAUUUCGCCCCCUGAAAAAUUCACAUUCAGAUUUCAAUUAAAGUAAUCUGAUCUCAAAACACGUAUGCAUGGGUAGGUAUAUUAUUGAUUUUAGUAAUUGUGCGCAGUGGAGAAUGAAAUAGCAGAGUUGGAUUGCUGUCAGGUAUGUAUGAACAAUCUCGUCAUAUUUUUAUCCUUUGUUAGAUCAAAAUAUAAUAGUGCGUAUGAAACUAACUGCAAUAAUUAGGUCUACAACGAGAUAAUGAACACACGACUGAAUUAAUUAUACUCACAAUGAUACAGACAGUAUGCUAAUCAUGCCGUGGUGGCAUGCAGCUUAAAACACGAAAUACUGUCGAAAGCACGAAGUACUUGCUCAAUGCUGUACUGUAAAUUUAAGGUUGUGAGGCAUACUGCUCGUUAUGUAAGUAUCCUGCAUAUUAUAGGUGGAGUAAGUAACACGUCUCUUGUGUCCCUUCGCUGGUUGGCGACCGUAUAUUACGUGCCUAGAACCGAGGUUAGCACGGGCUGUCGCAUUUACCAAGCAGCACAAGUGAAGCAUGUACAUUUCAACUAGAUGCGAGCAUGUAUAGCGUAGACAAAGAUGGCAUAUCAAAUGUAGUGUAACGGAUGGUGAUAUUGUGCCAAAAAGGGCCAGAAUAUCUACACAGUUAAUAGCUCUCGAAUGUUAGGCAUAUGUGAUGUAGUGAUGCAAGGCAUGUAUUGAAACAUAAAUUCGAGGUAAAUGAAAUUUGUUCUUACCGACAGUAUAUAGGGAAAUUUUAGAGCAGCUAGGGUAAAACAGAGUAAAUAUGAGGGAAACUUCAGGGUAAAUAAUAAUAUUUAUCAGUAAGGGUAAUGCUAUGAUUUAUAAGCAGUCAGGGUAAACCAGAAUGCAGAACUUGUUUUGAGCAAGGUUUUCAUUGUCUGGUGAGUUAACAAUGAAAAAUAAACUGUCAAUUUAUGCUGAUGUUAACCACA